AUGGGUUCUGUCUUUGCGCCUCAAGCUUAUUGGUUGUUGUUUAUGUACAUUGUCCGUCGGUGCUGCAAUUUUUUGUUCAUCGUACUAGUAUGA